AUGGAACCUAAAUUUGUUAUUUCAGGAUCUGGUAGUAUUAAUGGGAUUUUAUGUCUAAUUAAUUACUCCCAAUCUAAUACAAUAGUUGUAUUGUGGAACCCAACUACUCAAGAAUUCAAAGUUAUUCCUACCAGCUCUUUUGAAUUUGUCCCACAUAUGGAUGUUGAUAUACUUCGACAUGGUUUUGGUUAUGAUUGUGUUACAAAUGACUAUAAGAUAAUUCGACAGGUGGUGUGUUGUCAAAAACUUGACAUUGAUGUAUUGUCAUUAGGCAAUAUAGAUGAUGACCAGUUUUGGGAGAUAUAUAGCCUUCAUAGUAACUCAUGGAGGAAACUUGAAUAUGAUAUCCCUUUAAAUCACAAAGACAAUGGAGUGUUACUAGAUGGAAUGGUUCACUGGUGGAAUGAAAGUGACGAUGUUGAUGAUGAAGCAUAUCUUUUGUCAUUUGACCUGAGCACAGAGGAAUUCGUAACAACAGUUGCACCCUUAGAAGAUGGUAGUCUUGAUCUUGAAUUUGUUUUAAGUGACUUGAUGGUUUUAAAUGGGUCCCUUGCUUUGAUUUCAAAUUAUCCAAAUUUAGGUGCUUUUCAAAUAUCUAUUUUGGCUGAAUUUGGUGUGAAGGAAUCGUGGUUUAAAUCUUCAUUUUUCGGCCUUUAUCUAUCAUUGUGUAUCCUAUUGGAGCAGGAGGGAAAGGGAAUAUAUUCUUUACGAAAGAAGAUGGACAACUAA